AUGCCUCGCUGUUUGGAAAAAGUUUGCUUGGCUCGCACACCAGCUACGGCUCCGGUUGAACAGAUUCUUGCUGCUUAUCAACGCGAUGGUGGCGUCAUUAUUCAGCACUUGCUGAGCCUCGACAUCGUCAAAGAGCUAAACCAGGAUAUCGACAAUCAGAUGAUCAACAUUCGCGCGGGCACCGACUUUGGUACCCCGGACAGACAGGACUUCCAUGGACACAAAACGAAAAGACUGACCAACUGCUCCAAAUUCAGCAAAGUUUUUCGCGAUCAGAUACUCGACGCGGAUCUAAUCCAUGAACUGAUGAAAGGCUCUUUGGGGAAAGGUACUAGUGUUAUCAACUACUGGUUGAACUCAUCCCAGGUCAUUGACAUUGGCCCGGGGGAAGCCGCUCAGCAACUACAUCGCGACGACUACAUCCCGCUCAGAGAGAAACGUCGACGCCAGCCAGAAUGGAUAAACAAUAUGUUGAUCGCCCUCACCGAUUACACUGAAGAAAUGGGUGCGACGCGAGUUGUCCCAGGGAGUCACCAAUGGGAAGAUUUCAAGGUCCCUGCCAACCCUGAAGAUACCAUACCAGCGGUUAUGCAGCCUGGGGAUGCGUUGUUCAUUCGUGGAGAUGUCAUUCAUGGUGGCGGCGCAAACACAACGACAGAUAAGUGGAGGAGAGGGUUGUCCUUCAGUUUUUGCAACAAUGCCCUGACUCCGGAGGAGGCUGUGCCGCAACUUGUGCCCCUACAGAUUGCAAAAACCAUGUCCAAGCGCGCUCAGCAGAUUGUUGGGUUCAGGUCUCAACCUACGCUAGAUGGCCAAUAUAAUUGGAUGGCUGACUUCGCCGAGCUGGCUGAUAAGCUGGGGAUGGACGAAUAG